GUGAGGUUACAUGGCCAGCCCAGGUUCAUACAAGUUUAGUGAAAGGGAAACCAAGGAUUUUUACCAGAUUCAUACUGAUGAGAGAGCCAUUCCGGUAACCAGACAGCAGCCCUAAUGUGUCAAGAGUAAUUCUAGUAGUGUCCCUACCCCAGAAUGGGCACACAUUUCCUCAUCCUCUAUGGUCCAGGCCUCUGCAGUCAGGUACACAAGAUAAUCCAUUGAGAAAAUGGAAACAGACUGUAAUCCCAUGGAGCUGAGCAGUAUGUCAGGGUUUGAAGAAGAUGCAGAGCUUAAUGGUUUUGAAGAAGCUGAUACGAAAGACAUGAAGCUAGAAGCCGAAGCAGUUGUAAAUGAUGUUCUCUUUGCUGUUAACAACAUGUUUGUCUCAAAAAACCUGCGCUGUGCCGACGAUGUGGCCUAUAUCAAUGUGGAGACAAGAGAAAGGAACAGAUACUGCCUGGAGCUCACUGAAGCAGGGCUAAGGGUGGUAGGUUAUGCUUUUGACCAAGUGGAUGAUCACUUACACACUCCCUAUCAUGAAACCGUCUACUCGUUGCUGGAUACCCUCAGCCCUGCCUACCGGGAAGCAUUUGGAAAUGCACUCCUUCAAAGACUGGAAGCUUUGAAGAGGGAUGGAUAGUCAUGCUUUUUCCUUCUAGAGGGGGCUGCUGGUACAAAAUGUUGACAUAAAGCUUGAAAUACUUGCAUAUGGUCAUAGUAGAAAAUGCAUCUUUGGUUUUUAUGUCCAUUUCUUGCUUCAAGUUUAGGCUUCUGACUCAAAACAUUACUGAUUAAUGAAUUGUCUUUCUUAGUUUCAGAUUCAUGAAGGGAAUUGAGGCCAUUGCUUGACACCAUCAUUAAGACAUUCAGAUUUGUUCAUAUAGUAUCUUUGCAUUUCAAAACCUAAUCAGUAUUUCAUUCUGUUAUUACAGGACUUUGAUGCUGCCGGCCCUCUCUCUUACAUAGGAAAUUCUAGAUUUGCACAGUAAUAUACAGGAAUUAAAAUGACCUAACUUCAUACUUGGAUUCAGCUUGCUAAAUCAGGGGUUUACUACUAGCUUGGACUGACUUUGUAGUAAUUAUUUUGCUACUAGCCUUAUUGGAAACAAAUUAUCAACUAGUUUCCCCUGCACAAAUUUUGAAAUUCACUGCUUCACUUAAUCUAUUUAUAUUACUAAUAUGGACUGAUAAAGAUGAAUUAAUUAUAUAUAUAUCACUUAGGUAGUAUUAAAUGGAAAACAGGUACUGAAAUAAUAGUUCUGUAUUCCUUGUUUGCAACAGCCAGCCAACUAAGAGGACAAACCGUUAGCAAAUGAAUGUAAUAAUUACUUGUUUCCAAGAUAUUUAAGCACACAAGCAAAUAUAGGAACAGGCUCCAUUUUUCUUAACAAAAAAGCAUCUUCAGUGUGUGUGUAUGUGUGUGUGUGUGUGUGUGUGUGACUUAAAAGGAAGAAGAUUCUGAUUUCCUAGAAAACAAUAUUUUGGCCUGUGUUGAUUCUUAUUAUGAAUGUUUGUUUACAUAAUGUACAGUAUAUAUUCAGAAAGUAUUUUUGCUUCAAUGUUUCCUUUCUAUAAAGUAGUGCUUUGGUAUUCCCAUAGCGCUCCUCCUUCCCCAACAAAUGCACAGUGUUCUGGCUCGAUGCGAAAUCUACAAUGCAAUAUGCGUGCAUUGUAUGGGUUUGAAACCAAAGGAUGAAUGAAGCAUUCAGAGACUUAAUAUUUGAAAAAAGGAGGCUCUGUUUUUAUAUUUAUUACAGGUACUAAUAUUUAUAAAAAUGAAUUGUACCAUGCUGCUACAUGUUUUCAAGUACAUAUUGAAUACUGAGGAUUGGGGAGUUGAUUUUUUAGUAGUAACCUAAAGCAGCUGUAGAAAUGUUGAAGUAAAACUCUGCAUCGGGACACACCUUUGUAAUUUGUCAUUUGCAGACUUUUUUUAAUCAUUAUUAAGUAAUAGGUACUUUUAGGCUCUGAGGAUCAUGUAGACCACAUUGAGGUUCGGUUGGGUCAGUAUUCACCGUUGGAGUUCAUCGGGAUGCUUUAACUAUGUUCAGUAAAUGCAUGUCCAUUCGCAGCUUUAUUUUCAGAUGCUAUUUGGGCAGUAAAGUCUAACAGCAGGUCGGAUUUUCUCACGCUUAAUCUCAGGCUAAAUAAAUGUAAAGGAUAUUUGUAAAGUUUGAAUAGAAUUCUGUUUACUCAUUUCGAGUUAAGUAUGAAGAAAAGUGAUUGUAUGUUCAAAAAUUGACAUUGUUCACUUUGUGAUAAAUGAGUGGUUCCAGGA